GUACGCACAGCACCAACAAAGCGCCCCGCGCUCGUCCUCGGUCGGGCUGUUGUUGAUAUCUUCAUCGCCCAUCCUUACUCGUCUUCCACUAUAAUCAGUACGACUCUUGGCUCUUAGAAUUGCCGUAAUAUUCAAAGGCGACCCCAUUCUCACGGCUUCUCCAUCGCUACGCGGUUCAGACACUUUCUUCCGAUUCAACCUUUCUGAGAGACAGUCAAGAUGGCACAGCCCAAUCCCCAUCCGCCGAAUCGUAUGCAAGUCGCCGGUACCGUUUCGUUCUAUUUAGUCGCUGCAUUAGCGAUGGUGAUGGCUAAUAAAUGGGUGCUCGACGUCACCACCGCCCCACUUUUCUUUCUCUUCACACAACUACUCAUCGCCGUCGUACUCUUCCUCGGCGCCAACGCCGUUGGGAUCAUCAAAAUACCCAUCCACGUCGACAUGAUAGUGAUCAAGGGCCUCGCACCUAUGAUCGCACUCAACGUCGUUGGCCUCAGUGCCAACAAUUAUACCCUCAAAUUCGUCGAUGCAUCUUUCUACCAAGUCGCUCGCGGCCUCGUCCUCCCACUCACCGUCCUAACCUCAUACCUCUUUCUCUCCUCGCCACCACCGUCACCCCGAAUCCUCCUCUCAUGUACCCUCGUUACCUGCGGCUUCUUCAUCGGCGUAUUCCUGGAUCACACUCCCGUUUCUCCCCUCGGUCUUUUCUUCGGUAUCAUCAGUAGUGCUAUGACGGCGUCACACGCCGUGGUCAUCAAGAAGAGCUUAGAGGUCGUGGGCGGGAGUGCUCUGAAUCUGAGUUAUUACUCGAAUUUAUUGAGCGCGUUGGUGUUGUUGCCGUUAAUUGUUGUGGCUGGUGAGGGACCGGAGGUGAUGAAGCUGUUGGUGGGCGAAGGCGACGGUUUCAAAACAAUUUUCUGGGGGUCCACCAUCACGGGAGGUCUCGGAUUCUUGAUGUCCAUUGCAAGCACGCUCUCCAUCAAGAUCACGUCGCCCAUCACACACAUGAUUUCGUCCGCUAUUCGAGGCGUCGCGGCUUCUCUUCUCGGGAUGUGGCUCUUCAAAGAUGUCCUUUCUUCGGGCCGUGUAUGGGCCAUCGCCGUCAUUCUGUUCGGAUCACUUCAUUACACCUGGGUCAAGCACAUCGAGUCCCAACAACCAUCCGCUAAGGCAGCUUCAAAAGCAUCGUAUGACAGGAUACCACUAAGCGACCUCGAGGAGGCCGAGGAAGGGAAGCGCGGGAUAGAAGAGACGAAUGGGAACGGAAGAGCUCACUGAGCGUCCGUUUGCUGACACUGACUACAGGAGAACAGCGGAGGAUGAGAGAUGGUGGGAGCAUGCUAUCCACAGUGACGGGGAGCCUACACAUUGAUAAUUGACCGAGAUGGAACAAUGGACGGUAUGGAUCGGAUAGUAUUUAUUCGAAGAACGCUGUGUGUGCUAUUCUAUCUCGACGUCUCGAUAAUGCAUAUGCUUUUGAU